CGAGACAUACUAAAGUGGCCCUCAGGGCUGCGGGUGAAGUUAGCAUUAGGCGGUGGCGGCGGCUAGGAGCUCCUUCUCUUGCCAUCUCCUCUUCUCCGCCCAGGCCCCACGGGAGUCUCGCUCAUUGCCAUGGCCGAGUCUACGCAGGCAUUCGAGGGCCUUACCGAAGAGGCCACCCUGAGUUUCUGCUCGGACCCAGACCCCAGCACCAAGGAUUUCCUGUUGCAACAAACAAUGUUAAGAAUAAAAGAUCCAAAAAAGUCACUGGAUUUCUACACGAGGGUUCUUGGAAUGACACUACUCCAAAAGUAUGAUUUUCCCACCAUGAAAUUUUCACUCUACUUCUUGGCUUUUGAGGACAAAAAUGAUAUCCCAAAAGAUAAAAGUGAAAGAACAGCUUGGACAUUUUCCAGGAAAGGUACACUUGAGUUAACACACAACUGGGGCACUGAAAAUGAUGAGAACCAGGCUUACCAUAAUGGCAAUUCAGACCCUCGGGGAUUUGGCCACAUAGGAAUUGCUGUUCCUGAUGUACAAGGUGCUUGUAAAAGAUUUGAGGAAUUAGGAGUAAAAUUUGUAAAGAAACCUGAUGAAGGCAAAAUGAAAGGACUGGCAUUUAUUCAAGAUCCUGAUGGCUACUGGAUUGAAAUUCUGAAUCCUAAUCAAAUGAUAACCCUCACUUAGUUUUGCCAGAACACUACAGUUCUGAGAUUUUUUUAGAAGGCAUUUUGAAAACAAGGAACGAUGUGAUUCAAGGUUGCUAGACUAAAGGAAGAAUGCAGUAUUUACAUAGCCCUCUUUCCACUUGAAAUUUGUUCUUUAGUUCUAUUCAUGACCCAUUUUUGUCUGUAUUUUACAUUUACUGUUCAUGUUUUAAAGCAUUGUGUGUCUUCCCACUACUUGAAAUACUAUAGUUCCAGCUCUGUCCUUGAAUGCAGUCACGCAUCUUUGCCUUUUAUGUAAUAAUUAGUACAAUUCCUCCUCAGAGGCUGAUUUUAAAUUAGCCUUUUAUGUUUCCUGCACAUCACUUCUCUUUGCCUUUUAACCUUUGUUUAACCAUCAUUUUCAAAAAAGCAUUUAAUGUGCUUGUGUUGUGAUGUCUUCUGAGAUUUAAAUGCCCUAGAAAUAACUUUUCACAAUAGAGAGUGAGGGAAGGUGCACACCUUGAAAUUUAAUGUGAACUUCAGAUGAAAAAAUUGGAGAAUUUACUAUAAGAUAUUCAUUGUGUUCAAGCAGAUGCCCUGAGAUGCAACUUUUAAAAAUCCCAUCAGGGUGAUAAGGAUGCUAGUAUAAAAGUAUUUUUAAAGUCGUUAUAGAAGCUUUUUGAGAUAAGUGGAAACUUUAUUCUGUUUAAGGUAUUUUCAUGUAGUCAGGACCUCGAUGAUUAAUUUUUUUAAAGCUAUACUUUUGAGAUCAUGCGUCUGAAAUUAGAACCUUAAAAUACAUCACAAGUCUUCUGGAUUGAAAUGUAACAUUAGACAAUGUGAAAAAAAAUUUUUUAAGCUCAUGGUCAGGUUCCUUAUGAAGAGCUUCCUUCAGCAUCACUAGGCUGGUCUUCAGGCAACAGAUAAAAUCAGCCAACUGGGCCCAUAUUUAAAGUCUUUCCCUCUUACCAUUGGACCUACCUAAGCUUAUGUUCUGCUGGUAUAGACUUCUGGAAGCCAGAAUUGGUGUGGAGACACCAAAGUAAAGAAUUAGAAAGAAAGGCUACUUAUGUUACACUGGUUGUAAAUCACAUUCAGUGAUUUCUCAGUACAGAAUUUAAUUAACACAGGAACUGCUAAUUAGCAAACGCCUCUGCUAAAUGUACUUCCCUAUCAAACUGACAUCCAUUUGAUCUGUUUUUAAAAUAUGGCUGGUCUUUAUAUUCAUUACGGUCCUAUAAUACAAAAAUCUAAUUUCAUUUAGCAACAGACAUUUUGCAAAAUGUAAUUGAUCCCUGUAGGCCAUUCCAGUAAUGAUUAUGCUCAUCCCACAUGUUCAAUCUGUUGCUAUAUCUUGACAUUGCCACCUGUACAUUAUCUAGUAUAUAUCUGCUUUUCUACAUUU